AAAAAGUGUUUGCGAAUGUUAUUUUUUGUUUAAUGACAAAAGGUUAAGGUGAAAUAAAUAACAAAAGUGACAUAUUGAUUUCAUGUAGUUAAGAUACAAAAUAUAAGAAUAACAAAACGUUUUUACGAUAAAAUUACAAUUAGAUUUAUUGUAACCAUUUUGAUUAGUAAAGAUCGGAAUCCCAAUAACAAAAGGUGUUUUCUGCGGAAACCAGAACGGAUAAUUAUAGAAGGAAGUUGAAUAAAGUUGAAGCGCUGUCGAACAAUGCACAGCUUGAUAUUAGUUCUUUGCACCGGGUCUACGAUUUGCUUCACAAGUGCGCCGAACAACUUAACUCCAUUAUGAGUUUGUCGAUGAUAGUAAUUUUAUUGACUGCGGGUCUAUCAACGACAAUGCUACUGAAAAUGAUGGUCAAAGUUAUACAAACAGUCACUGUCAGCAAUACUUUUACGGGUCUGGUGGUAGUUCCCUGCUACUACUCGAGAGUGACUUCAUCUCAAGUUGCUGCUAUACGGACGUGUCUGCAUGAUGCUGUGAAUUCCAAACCUUUAGAUAAAAUCGAGCGUCGUAAAGUGAAAGCCUUCUUUCAGCUGACACGGGAGAAUGAAUUCACUUACGCCCUGGGAGGAGUGAUUAGACUCAAUAUGUCUUUGCCUCUGAGUUACAUGAGCCUAUGUACAACCUACCUAGUUAUAUCUAUACAGUUUUCAAAGUUUUUCGACUAAAUAAUCUGUAAAUAAAGUUAAAUGUGUAGAAAAAAGUAGAACCUUUUUGCUGUUGUUUUCGAAGCCAAAAUGGUCAUAUACUUUGAUUGUAUGGAAACACAAC